AUGUCUUCCAAGUCGCAAUUGACCUACAGUGCUCGGGCCAGCAACCACCCCAAUUCCCUUGCGAAGAAGCUUUUCGAGAUCGCUGAGGCCAAGAAAACCAAUGUGACUGUUUCAGCCGACGUGACUACCACCAAGGAGCUUCUGGAUCUCGCUGACCGUCUCGGCCCCCACAUUGCUGUGAUUAAAACCCAUAUCGACAUCCUGUCAGAUUUCAGCAAUGACACCAUCAUCGGCCUAAAGGCGUUAGCCGAAAAGCAUAACUUCCUCAUCUUCGAAGACCGCAAGUUCAUCGACAUCGGCAACACAGUGCAGAAGCAGUAUCACGGUGGAGCCCUGCAGAUCUCCGAAUGGGCACACAUCAUCAACUGCAGCAUUCUUCCCGGCGAGGGAAUCGUCGAAGCUCUUGCCCAAACCGCCUCGUCCAAGGACUUCCCCUAUUCGGAACGAGGCCUUUUGAUCCUCGCGGAGAUGACCUCUAAGGGAUCAUUGGCUACAGGGCCCUACACGACAGCAUCGGUGGACUAUGCCCGGAAGUACAAGGAUUUCGUCAUGGGGUUUGUGUCCACGCGGUCCCUGGGUGAAGUGGUAUCGGAGACUACCUCUCCUUCUGAGGAGGAGGAUUUUGUGGUGUUUACGACAGGUGUGAAUCUGUCCUCGAAGGGAGACAAGCUGGGUCAGCAGUAUCAAACUCCCGAAUCGGCAAUUGGGCGCGGUGCGGACUUUAUCAUCGCCGGGAGGGGGAUUUAUGCGGCGCCAGACCCGGUGGAGGCAGUACAGCGUUAUCAGCAGGAGGGUUGGAAGGCGUAUUUGGCGCGCGUUCGAUAG